AAUUGCGAGAGUAUAAAAUGUUCGGUUACACCCGAACUUAGCCCCUCCUUACUUGUUUUUUACUAUGUUUAUUUACAACUCUAAGGUUGGACGCGUUUUUCGUAAAAGCUCACACUUCGUUGCGUGUUCGUGAAUUCUUGGCCAAAAACGCUACUGUAACAUUGCCCCAGCCUCCAUAUUCACCUGAUAUGUCUUCGUGCGACUUUUGGCCCUCGUUUCACAAACAUACGAGAAAUCGCUGUCGCUGAAAGUGCCAAAGGCUAUACCAAAAAUCGAGUUUGAUAAGUGUUUCGACGAUUGGAAACAGCGCUGGAUUAAGUACAUGAUAUCUAAUGGAAACUAUUUUAAAGACGACAACAUAUGUAAAUGCAGACAAAUCAAAAUUCCCGUUAUUUUUCGAACACAUAUCGUAUAGGAAAAAGUGGACUCAUACCAUGAGGAAAUUCCUAAAAGUUCGUCACAUGCUUUACAGUCAAGACAACUUAAGUUGUAACUCAGAUCCGUGUAGCCGUCAAGAAAGACGUUAAUUUUUUCGAAUAGAGGUGCCCGAAAGAUAUGCUACUUCGUGAUGAAAGAUUUUGGUUAUGUUUAUGAUCGCAAUAUGGUUCAUGAUUCUCUCUAUCAUUCUUGAGAACGUCUACUUUGACAUGUAUGCCAUGUUUUUUGAAAUACUGCAGCCUAAUUUGGUCAUAGAAUGGACGAGUGAAAUGGUCUUUGAAACAUGAACUUGCAGCGAACGUGGAUAACGGUCGUAAGGUGAAGAAGUAAGAAUAAGUUGGAAAAGCUCAAAUACUAAACAUUCUUAUAUAUUUUUCAUCAUUUGCUUAUUAGUUCCAAGUAUUACUCAUAUGGUGGCUCACUUAAGUUGAAACAAUUGUAGGCUUGUACGUUUGUAGGAGCAGUGCGUAUUGUAAUCUUUAGUAUUUUCAAUUCCAUGAAAUUGAAAACAAACUAUUUAGCACAUAAAAAUAUUAAUUAACGCACACAUUAUCGCCAAUAUAUGUACGAUUAAUUCUAUAAAAUUAAAUGUGAGGACCUUGUGUCAUCAAUAAAAACUGAAAAUGAAAUUGAACGGCGUCAGACGACAGCAGGAACCAGUUGCGCUGAGAUCAUUAUUUGCUAGAAAUUGUUGUGAUUUUGCACAACCAACAAACAACCGAUCUAGGAGUAAACAACGUGUGUAAUUGAAAUCAAGUAUUGGAACGCAAACAUUUCUGCUAGGACAAUGGUUUAUAUUCUCGCCACGGAGCGCACUCCGUUGUUACUUAAAAAUGGUUUUGUACGCUUCAAGGGAAAAAUACAACUACGACGAAAGAAAGAUUCGAAUGCGUUCGGCGUCCGUCAUGUGCAGUCGUUGCUGAUGUUCUUUGGCAUGGCGUUCGGCUACUUUCUACGUGUCAAUAUUUCCGCCGCCAUUGUGCCAAUGACGAAACCCAGAAGUGAAGGCGAUGAAUACUAUGACUGGGAUCCCUCGACCAAAUCGUUAAUACUGAGCAGCUUCUUUUGGGGUUAUGUGGUGGCGCAAGUACCAGCGGGUCUGCUCGCCAAACGUUUCGGUGGCAAACUGGUGCUCGGCAUUGCCACAGUGCUGGCUUCGAUCAUAACAAUGUUGCAUCCUUGGGCUGCAUCCAGCGGCAGUUGGCAAGUAGUAUGCUUUCUACGUGUAUUAAUUGGACUAACACAAGGUGUACUCUAUCCAUCGGUACACACGUUGCUAGCAAAAUGGGCGCCACGUACGGAGCGUAGCUUUUUGGCGACAUCGGUGUAUUCGGGUGCACAAUUGGGCACGGUGAUUAUUUUGGCCACGAGUGGUUUCAUUUUCGACUCCUGCAUGGGUUGGCCGGGUAUUUUUUAUAUUUCCGGUGCUGUGGCGUUGGCUUGGUCGAUUGUGUUUUUAGUUUUUGGUGCGGAUUCGCCAAAGAACUCUAAAGUGAUAUCCUCAGAGGAGCGUGAAUAUAUUGAGCGCCUUACUGGCAGCGGUUUGGAGAGUACGUCCAUGCCGGUACCGUGGAAGUCAUUAUUCACAUCAGCACCAUUUUAUGGCCUCAUCGCUGCUCAAACGGGUUUCACUUGGGGCUUUUACACACUCCUCACCGAAAUACCCACCUAUAUGGAUUCGGUACUCAAGUUAAAUGUCGCUUCGAAUGCGUUAUUAUCGGCUUUGCCGUACUUUGUAAUGUGGCUGUUAUGUCUGAUCGUUAGCCCCAUUUCGGAUAUGCUUAUCAAUAGGAAUGUAUUGAGCACCACAGUAGCGCGAAAGCUCUUCAACACCAUUGGUCAAUGGAUACCCAUGGCUUGCCUAAUUGGUAUGAGCUAUAUGACGAGUGAAGAGAGUGUAGCGGCUAUAACGCUGCUCACUAUCGGUGUGGGCUUCAAUGCGUCCGCUUUUUGUGGUUAUUUAGUUAAUCACAUGGAUCUUUCACCGAAUUUCGCCGGUCCAAUGAUGUCCAUUUCGAAUGGUUUUGGCAAUUUGUUGUCAUUGUUUGCACCGUUAGUUGUUGGCGCUAUCGUAAAAAAUGAGGAGGAACCUAGCGAAUGGCGUAUUGUUUUCUAUAUAACAGCUGGCGUUUAUUUGGUGUGCAACGCUUUAUUCAUCAUAUUUGGGCAAGCGACCAUACAACCCUGGAACGAUCCAACGAAUUUGUCCACAAACAAAAAAUCGCAGACAAUUGAGAGUAUAGGUCAAAAUACGGAGGCUACUAUAAGUAAAUCUGAGUAAACAGGGAUUUGAUAAUUUUAAAACAUCAAUUAAUAUUAAUUAAGAACUGAUAGCAUUUAAGGAAAAUAUAUAAUAUAUAAAAAAUACAUUAUGUAUCUAUGUAUAUAAUUAUAACUGAAAAAGAAGAAUGUUUAAACAA